UGUACAGAUUUGUUUAUUUUUUAAGUAAUUGGGUGCAAAGAUGAGGCGGCUCGGAGCGGCGGCGGCGGCGGCGGCGGCGCGCGAUAACGCGUCGUUUAUAUGUAGUGUGCGGCGGCGCGGGCGCCAGUCCCCCUCGCCAUGCCGGCCUGCGCGCCCGAGUACUGCCGCCUGGCGCGCUCCAACACCGAGCUGGUGUUCUCCCCGCGCGCGCGCUGCCACCACCAGCCGCCCUUCACCGCGCUGCGCCGCUCCUUCUCCUCCACCUUCUCGCUCAUCCCCGAGGAGCGCGCCGUGUCCCCCGAGCGCCCGCCCCCGCUGCCCCGCGCGCUGCGCCUGCUGACCUGGGGCCCGCGCCUGUGCCUGCGCCCGCUGUGGCUGCUGCUCGGCCUCUUCGCGCACCCCGCCUGGAAGCAGAUCCUCGUCGUGCUGCCCACGCUCUGGAUUGCCGCCUCGCUGUUCAUAUUCUGGAAGUGCGUUCAGUGUCCUAUCGGUGUUCUCAGGAUGUUAGGCCGCGCGCUCAGCUCCAAAAGCCCGCACAAACCGCGCACCGUCUUGAUCAGUGGCGGCAGCUCGGUGCAGGCGCUACACCUGGCCCGGAACUUCCACUCGGCCGGCGCCCGCGUGAUCGCCUUCGAGAUCGAGGGCCAGUUCACGCUGCUGAAGUACUCGGCGGCCGUGGCGCGGUUCUACACGGUGCCGCGGCCGCACCCGGCGGACCCGCUGGCCUACGCGCGCGCGCUGCGGGAGAUCGUGGACCGCGAGGGCGCCGUGUUCUUCGUGCCUGUGAGCUCGUCCACGCCCGCGUACUACGACGCGCUGGCCAAGCCGCACCUGGAGGUGGCGGGCUGCCAGUGCUUCGUGCCGAGCGCGCGCGACGUCAUCACGCUCGACGACCCGCUGGAGCUGAUCCGCGUGUCCCGCGCCGCCGGGCUCGCCACGCCGCAGUUCUGGGUGGUCACCAGCGACGAGGACAUCCGCGCGUGGUACGAGAGCGGCGCCGCGCGCGAGGGCCGCCACUUCAUCGCCAGCGCCGGCGCGCGCGGCGCCCGCGACCGCCUGCGCUUCGUACUCCCCGAGGAGCGCACUAAUUUCAGAUUUCCCCGCGAAAUCAGUUCGGAGAAGCCGUGGGUGAUAAUAAGAGAGCCGAAGGGGGAGAAGAUCGUGACGUGCACGACGCUGAAGGAGUCGCGCGCCGUGAACAACGUGAGCUGCCGCAUCGACACGGAGCGGCGCGGGCUGGUGCCGCAGCGGGACGAGGAGGCGGACGCGUGGGUGGCGCGGUUCGUGUCGCGCCUGGCGCCCGCGCGGCCCAUGACGGGGCACGUGUCGUUCCGGCUGGUGCGCGAGGACGGCGCGGCGCGCGGCCGGCUGGUGGCGCUGGGCGCGCGCGUGGGCGUGUCGCUGCCCUACCUGUGCCAGGGCGCGGCGGGCGGCGCGCCGGCGGCGGUGGGCAAGCUGCUGCACACGGUGCUGGACACGCGGGAGGCGCUGUUCGCCUACUGGGACCCGCUGCCGUACUGCGCCUACUACCGCGCGCGCCCCGCCGAGCGCCGCCCGCCGCCGCCCGAGCCCUGCAAGACGCCUCCCAACGUGCCGCUCUGAGCGCCCGCAGGCCGCGGAACUAUUUAUUGCUAGGAGCCUCAAGUACCUGAAGAGCGGUGGUCCCGCCCGGCGGCGGCGGCGGUCGCCACAUCGCUCGCUCUCUAUAUGUUAUUGUUCGUUGGACAGAGUUCCUUAAGGUCACGGGGCCGAGGGACGAUAUGAGCUGUUUGUAACUACUAAGUAGAUUGUUGUACCAAAUAUUUUUAUUAUUGUAGCAUUAAGUUUUUAUUUAUAAGUAAGAUUAAAUUAACAAACAAGAAUAAUCAAACAAUGUAA